AAUAAAACUUGUAUAGUUACCUAGUAUUUCGUGCCGUAAGUUUUUACAAAUAUAAAUCAGCAUUUUUGUCGUAGGACUAUUUCGAAUCGAACAUAAGAAACUUAGAAGAAAGAACUCCGGCAACAACGCUUUUAAUUGUAGUUGUUUAAUUUAAAACGUGACAAACAGAAAUGGGUAGAAAGGCGAAAUAUACGGAAGGAGUGUUGGUUAAAAAAGGGCCGGGAAAGAAGGCAAAGAAGCAAAAGGAUCCCGUAUUUCCUAAAGCAUUAGGAAUUGGUGAUGAUAGUAAAAAGAAACUAAGCAGACGGCAAGCAGUUCGCGCCAGGAAGCGUCAAGAGAAGUUAGAUGAGAGGAAGCAAAAGCAGCAGCAACAUGAGGAAAGAAAGCAACAGGCAGCCAAGCAAAAACUCGUUCCCAAAAAGGAAAAGCAGUAUCAAAGUGAAGAAUCUGAUGAAGAAUCAGAGCAGGAAAGCAGUGAAGAGGACCAGAUGCUCCCUUCCCGUGGCUUCAGUGAUCACAACAGUGAAUGGCUCAAACCUAAAAAGCGGACUGCUCAGGAGGAAAGCGAGAAUGAAGAGCUGGAUUCUGAUGACGAUGUUGAAGAGGAACAAGACAGUGAUGAUGAAAUUCAGGAAGCAGAUGACGACAGUGAAGGAGAUGAAGAAGCUGAAGUCGACAGCGAUGACGACGAAGAAGUCUAUGAAGAAGAGGAUGAUGAGGAAAGCGACGAUGAAGAAGGAAACUUAAAGGUAUCCUCGCUUAACGAUCUCUCGGACGACGAUUCAGAUGACCAAGACGAAUAUGAAGACGAUGAAGAUGAAGACGAAGACGAUGAAGAUGAAGAUGACGAAGAUCUACUUCCCAUUGAAAAGCAAAACAAAAAACUCAAAAAGAAGGAAGCAAGGAAGGCCAAAGAGGCGGAAGACGAAAUGCAGUUGAACAUUGCCAAUCAGGAGACGUUCCAGUUUCCGACUGCGGAAUCCGAGGCUGAAGUUAAAAGCUUGCAAGAUGUGCAACAGAGAAUUAGGGAUGUCAUCGUUGUUUUGUCCGAUUUUAAUAAGUUAAGAGACAAAGAGCAUUCGAGGUCGGAAUACCUGGACAUACUCAAAAACGACUUGUGCACUUAUUACAGCUACAACGAAUUCCUCAUGGAAAAAUUCAUGCAGCUCUUCCCACUUUCCGAAUUGUUGGAGUUUUUGGAGGCCAGUGAGGUUCAGAGACCGUUAACAAUCAGAACCAACAGUUUAAAAACAAGAAGGAGAGAUUUAGCUCAAGCUUUGAUCAAUAGAGGAGUAAAUUUGGAUCCCAUUGGUAAGUGGAGUAAAGUCGGAUUGGUGGUUUAUUCGUCUCAAGUACCGAUGGGAGCUACGCCGGAAUAUUUAGCCGGUCACUACAUUAUUCAGGGCGCCAGCAGCUUCUUGCCCGUAAUGGCAUUGGCGCCUCAGGAAAACGAGAGAAUUCUGGAUAUGUCGGCAGCUCCAGGUGGUAAAGCCUCACAUAUUGCUGCUGUGAUGAAAAACACUGGUGCCUUGUUCGCCAAUGAUAUUAACCGUGAUAGAAUCAAAGCCGUGGUCGGUAAUUUCCACAGAUUGGGCGUUGUUAAUUCGGUUGUUACUUGCAUGGAUGGAAGGAAAUAUCCGGAUGUAUUGAAGGGAUUCGAUAGAGUGCUUUUGGACGCCCCUUGUACCGGUACGGGUGUUGUAGCCAAGGACCAGAGUGUGAAGACUAGCAAGGAUGAACAGGACAUUCAGAGAUGUUACAAUUUACAGCGACAGUUGCUUCUGGCUGCUAUAGACUGCGUAAAUGCUAAAUCUUCAACUGGUGGAUACAUAGUUUAUUCAACUUGUUCUGUAUUGCCUGAGGAGAAUGAAUGGGUCAUUGAUUUUGCCUUAAAAAAGCGGAAUGUUAAGCUUGUUGAUACUGGUUUGGAGUUUGGUACUGAAGGAUUUACAAAUUACAGACACCAUAGAUUCCAUCCAACUUUGAAGCUUACAAGAAGAUUCUAUCCACACACUCACAAUAUGGAUGGAUUCUUUGUCGCCAAGUUGAAAAAAUUCUCGAAUUUAAUUCCAAAAUCUGCAAACGAUGAUGAUGAGGAGGUUUCUGAAGAAGAAGAAACAAAUAAGCGACCACUGGAGGAAGAAGAUACAGAGGAGCAACCUGUAGCCAAAAAACAAAAAGUUAACACCAAGGAAGCAGUUUCAGAAGGUAAGAAUACAAAACUAAAUCAACAAAGUAAAAAUGCAAACAAACAGAGAGUACUCAAUGGAAAACCAGCUAAAGCUGGUAAUAAUAAAACUCCACAGAAAACAAAGAAUAUUAAUGGCAAGGAAUUGCCAACAAAGAAUAAGGCAAGUGAGUCAGUACAAAAAGGAAAAAUUAAAAAGAAAAAUAUCAAGAAUGACAAGGAAUCCACUGGAGAGCCAGAACCACGUGAUUUAAAGAAAAACAAAAAUAACGACCAAGGGUCUAUGAAAAAAAAUAAAAAACCUUCCCCGCAAAAAACAAACAAUCAAUCCAAACAGAAUGCUGAAAAGUCUACUCCCCAAAAAAAGAAAAAUAAUGGUGGGGAAUCUUCGAUAAACAAUAAGGAACAAUCCCCAGCUCAAAAAGCAAAAAUUAUUAAAAAUAACAAGCAAACUCCCAAACAGGAGACCGAAAAACCUCCCUUAAAGAAAAAGAAAAGCAUCGACGGAGAAUCCACCACAAACAAUAAGAAAUCUCCGAUGCAAAAGGCAAAAACCAUUAAAAAUAACAAGCAGACCACCAAAGAGGAGCCCGAAAAACCUUCCUUAAAGAAAAGAAAGAUCAAUGACGGAGAAUCAACUAUAACUAAUAAGAAAUCUCCUUCGCAAAAGGCGAAUAAUAUCAAUCAAAACUCGCAGAAUAAAAAUAAAAAGAAUAAGAAAAACAAAUCUAAUUAAUCGAUACAUAUUUACACCCACAAUGUUUAUAAUUUCCAUUUAUUUUACACUGGUCUCAAAGUUGUAACAAAAAUACCACAUUUUUAAUGCCGUUUCAGCUUAACUCGAACUUUAAACUUUUCCGCCUGACGGAAAAAUCGGAUGUGGGCGAAGCCAGAGAUAAGCUUUACGUUUGGGCAUUUCCCGUGCACGUGUGUGAAGGCGGUCGCCUACGCACAUGGACACACCUAGUCGCCCACGCGCUCCGAGAGAUGCCGGAUCGUGCAGGACGCCCAGAGCUCCCUGCAAGAUUCGAUGCAAAGGAGUGGUUUAUUUGAAUUUCGAAACGGUCUUUUGUGAAAUUUUAUGUAUUAAUUUUUGGACAUAAUAUAGGAUAUUUGUUAUGUAGAUUAGUGUUGAGGAAGAUAUAUUUUUUACGAAAUGUAGAAUAGUAACAUGUUCCGUUUUUCACAUUUUGUUGUGUUAAAUAUGUUUUUAAAAUAAACGUAUUUGAAAAUUA